UAGUUCGUUAUCGCGAUAACAGCUGAACUCCCUGCAUGCGCCAUUGAAAGCACGGAGCCGCGUCUUAAGGGCAACGACCGAAAAGCGACCGUUAACCGGACAGAGCGACAGUCUGCUGGUUAUUACCCCCGAGCCGCUGUAUAUUCAGACCAGCAGCAGUAUGGCAGAUGACCUGGACAUCGAGGCGAUGCUGGAGGCGCCAUACAGGAAGGAGGACACCAAGAACCUGAGCCCCAAUGGUCAGGAGGAACGCUCCAAGAGGAAGAAGCGCAGCCGCAGCCGCGACAGGAAGCGCAGCAGGAGUCGAGACAGGAAGAAGAGCCGGAGUCGGGAGCGUAAAGGCAGCCGCAGCAGGGACAAACGACGAAGUCGCAGCAGAGAGCGUCGCAGCAGCAGAGAGAGGGGGGGCCGCUACAGAGACCACCACAAGCACCGUCGGCGGUCAAAAAGUAAGAGUCCAAUCAGGAAGGAGAAGAGUCCCGUCAGACAGCCGAUAGAUAACCUGACUCCAGAGGAGCGUGAUGCUCGGACCGUGUUCUGUAUGCAGCUGGCAGCCAGGAUUCGACCUCGAGACCUGGAGGAGUUCUUCUCUGCUGUGGGGAAGGUCCGCGACGUGAGGAUGAUCUCUGACAGGAACUCCCGCAGGUCAAAGGGCAUCGCCUACAUCGAGUUUGUGGAGGCAAACUCAGUCCCUCUGGCCAUCGGGCUGACAGGGCAAAGGCUGCUGGGAGUUCCCAUCAUCGUCCAGGCCUCACAGGCAGAGAAGAACCGAGCAGCAGCAGCAGCUAACAACCUGCAGAAGGGGACAUCAGGACCGAUGAGGUUGUACGUCGGCUCUCUGCACUUCAACAUCACAGAGGAGAUGCUGAGAGGAAUCUUUGAGCCGUUUGGACGGAUUGAGAGCAUCCAGCUGAUGAUGGACAGUGAGACGGGACGCUCUAAAGGCUACGGCUUCAUCACCUUUGCAGAUGCAGAGUGUGCUAAGAAAGCUCUGGAGCAACUGAACGGCUUUGAGCUGGCAGGUCGACCCAUGAAGGUGGGUCAUGUGACCGAGCGGACAGACGCUUCCACGGCUUCGUCUUUCCUCGACAGCGAUGAGCUCGAACGCACCGGCAUCGACCUCGGAACCACCGGACGACUGCAGCUGAUGGCUCGGCUGGCUGAGGGUACAGGUCUACAGAUCCCUCCUGCAGCUCAGCAGGCUCUGCAGAUGAGUGGAGCGAUCGCUAUUGGAGCCAUGGCUGCUGUGUCAGCUGCCAUGAAUCCAGCCAUGAAUCUCAACAUGAACAUGAACUCAGCAGCUCUGAAUCUUCCCUCUCAGCCGCUCGCCACACACUGUUUCCAGCUGUCCAACAUGUUCAACCCCAACAGUGAGGAGCCUCGUGGUUGGGAGGUGGAUAUCCAGCAUGAUGUCAUCGAGGAAUGUAACAAGCACGGAGGAGUCCUUCACAUCUACGUGGACAAGAACUCCGCUGAGGGAAAUGUCUACGUCAAGUGUCCGUCCAUCCCUGCUGCCAUGGCCGCCGUCAACACUCUGCACGGAAGAUACUUUGCGGGUAAGAUGAUCACGGCGGCGUACGUCCCUCUGCCCACCUACCACAACCUCUUCCCAGAGUCCGCCACUGCCACACAACUGCUGGCCCCGCCCCCGCGACGAUGACUCACAACACUGCCCUCUGAUUGGACACUGGACCUUAGACAGCCCACCCCUGUUUUAUAUCCUCCUCACCUAUUGGUUGACACAGAAGAGUCAGUUUCAUUUCUGUUUAUCAGGUUUGAGGAUGCUCAUGCCUUCCUAGGAUGGCCAAGGUAUGACCCGCCCUACUCUUCCUCUGAUUGGCUAGUACUUGCCAUCGUUUCAUGUGUUAGAUUGGUUUUGGCGUGGGGCGUGAUGAUUGGUGAGUGUUUUGGAAAGGAUGUCAGAGGCAGAGUAGGGCAGGUCAUGCCUUGGCCAUCCUAGGAGAAGACAUAGGGACGCUGAUUGUUUUACUUCCUGUUUGGUUUUGUUAAUUCUCAUUAGCGUUUCUGGGCGUGGCCUCCACCCAGUUCCACCUGUUUAGAGGAUCGUCCCAUGAUUGAGCUCUGUGAGCUGUGAGGAGGCUGGCUGAUGAAGGUGCUGUCAGCUGAUUGUUGUUUUGAAGCCAUUUGGUAUUAAAUGUUUUCUAAUCAAGAAUUUUGAUUUUGUAAAAUCCUUGAUUAAAUUUUAUUUUGAAGUC